AAUCACAAAAGGAAUUGGACUCCAUUGAAUAGCUCAUCAUCGAAUAAUAGUCCAUCCCCUCGUUUAUUAUAUAAAGGGUGGCGAUCCCCUCCUCCUCUCUCGCUGUGCCAUUUGGGUUUUCUUUCGUUUCAAGCUUUAAUCUCAGGGAUAUGGAGAAGGCUGGGUGGAAGAAGAAGCAAUGGCUUUUCCUUUGCUUUGUUACUCUCGCAUUCUUGGCCUGCAGAUUCAGAAUUGCGAGCGCCGUCAGCCACGACGGGAAGGCGUCUCCGCCGGCCCGGUUGCAUAAAUUAUCGGAUGACUAUGUGGUGAUGGACAAUGGGCUUGUUCAAGUCACUUUGUCGACGCCGGACGGAAAGGUUACGAGAAUACAGUACGAUGGAAUCGAGAACUUGCUGGAGAACAACAAAGAGUCAAAUCGAGGGUAUUGGGACAUCGUAUGGAGCGGACAAGAAGGAGAUGGCUUAAUUGACCACCUCGAAGGAACAAGGUAUAAGAUCAUCGCAGCCGACGAAAAUCAAAUAGAGAUUUCGUUCCUGAGCACCUGGAAUUCUUCCCGCCAUAGCCAUGGCCGCCCAUUAAAUGUCGACAAGAGGUUUAUAAUGCUGCGUGGUUCAUCCGGUUUUUAUACCUACGCGAUAUUUGAGAGGCUAGAGGGAUGGCCUGCAAUGACCCUUGUUCAAGCCAGGGUUGCUUUCAAGCUUCAACACAAACUGUUUAACUAUAUGGCGAUAUCGGAUACAAGGCAGAGGUUCAUGCCAUCCGUAUAUGACCGGAUCAACGGCAAGGAGCUGGACUACAAAGAAGCUGUCCUGCUGACGGACCCACACAACCAAACUUUCAAAGGAGAGGUGGACGACAAGUACCAAUACUCGGCUGAUAUCAAGGACAACCGGUUACACGGGUGGAUAAGCUACAAUGAAGGCGUUGGAUUUUGGGUCAUUACACCCAAUAAUGAGUUCCGUGUUGGUGGGCCUCUCAAGCAGGAGCUAUCUUCUCACGUUGGCCCAACUAGCUUGGCGAUGUUCUUCAGCGGCCAUUAUGCUGGGCCUCCUGUGAGCCUGAGUUUCCAAGAUGGGGAGUCCUGGAAGAAGGUUCUCGGGCCGGUUUUCAUCUAUAUUAACAAGGCCUCCAACCCUGAUCAUCUAGGUAGCACACUUUGGGAAGACGCCAAGCAGCAGAUGCUGAACGAAACCCAAAGCUGGCCAUACAGUUUCCCACUUUCAGCGGACUAUGCACAUGCUGAUCAACGAGCUGUAAUCACCGGCAGAUUACUAGUCCGUGAUAGGUACAUAAACAAGGAGCUUAUGAACGCAAGUUCAGCUUAUGUGGGGUUGGCCAAGCCGGGGCAAGUGAGAUCUUGGCAAACAGAAAGCAAGGAUUAUCAGUUUUGGACACAAGCUGAUGCUGAGGGACACUUUGUGAUCAAGGAUGUGCGAGAAGGGACUUACAACUUGUAUGCAUGGGUCCCCGGCAUUCUUGGAGAUUACAGAUAUGGCGUUCUAGUUAAUGCCACCCCAGGAAGCCAUAUCAGGCUGGGUGACCUUGUGUACCAUCCACCAAGAAGAGGUCCAACCUUGUGGGAAAUAGGCAUCCCUGACCGCACUUCUGCCGAAUUCUAUAUUCCCGAGCCAGACCCGGAUUACAUCAACCGUUUAUACACCAAGAGUCAAAAGUUUAGGCAAUAUGGUCUGUGGGACCGGUACACCGAUCUCCAUCCUGACGGCGAUCUAGUCUACACCAUCGGCAAAAGCAAUUAUCAAAAAGACUGGUUCUUCGCUCAUGUUACCAGGAGGAGAAAAGAUAACGUUUACGUGCCAACCACAUGGAGAAUUGUAUUCAAACUGUGGAGAGUGAGAAGUGGGAGCUAUACCCUCCACAUAGCGCUGGCUGCAAGCAGCUUUGCUGAAUUGCAACUUCGAAUAAACGACCAGUCUCGACUCCGGCCUCACUUCACCACGAGGCUCAUCGGGCGCGACAACGCCAUUGCGCGGCACGGGAUUCAUGGUCUGUAUUCAUUGUACAGCGUGGAGGUGCCUAGUUAUCUGCUUGUGGGCGGAAAUAAUACAAUUUACUUGACGCAAUCAAGAGGCGGGAGCCCCUUCUCAGGGCUCAUGUACGAUUACAUCCGGUUCGAAGGCCCCCCGCAAACAAACUGAUAUGCGUGCGUGUCUGGAUUAUGUACGUCCAAUACACACACGUAUUAGUCAAUAUGGUUUUUGGUCUAGAUGACAAUACAGAAAGAAAUUGAUUUCUUUUCCCUGUUUAGAAAUUGAAAUUGAUUAUUCUUUUGUGUUUAGUUUGAAGGUUUCAUGUUAUUUUCCCAAAUUGUAAAUUUUACAAUUUAAUUUGGUGUAUAUCUUCUUGAAUACAUAAGGAUUGCCAUUUAGUCGAUUGAUUCAUUAUUCUGUCU